AUGGUAGCGGCUUCGCCUCAAAUAAAUGUUCAUCUCACAGAUUUGACAGUUGGUGAUGAAACUGAUACUACGACAAAUCACGAUUGUCUGGUUAUUGCUGCUUCAAUUGAGAAAAAAAAUGAUCUUCGUCAGAUCAUUUCUUAUUGUUUGAGUGAAUGGCCAUCGAAAUGGAACAUACAGAAUGAUACUCGUCAUCAGAUUUUUUCUUUUGCGGACCUUAACAAACAAAAUAUUACAAGUCAACAGUUAUAUCUCUGGUCGGCACCGAUUGAUAUUAUAGAAAACUAUCAAUUGUAUUUGAAUCAAUUAUCAAUUUCAAAUGAAACAUUACUGGGUGCACAACUCUUCUACAAUUGUUCAUUGCCAUCGUUUGGUCCAUUGUGCCAAUAUUCAUUUGAUUAUUAUGAAUCUCAUUAUAGAUCGCUGGCUGAAGUAAUUCAUAAUUUCUAUAAGCACAACGCGUAUAAACCUACUACAUUGACAUGUUACACUCAUUUGAACUGCAAUCGAGGUCCAGCUCCAGCCUGCCUUGAUUGGACUGAAAUCUGUGAUGGAAAAGUGGAUUGUCUUGAUGGUGGAUUAGAUGAGCAAAAUUGUUGGCAACUGGAAGUCAAUGAUUGUGAAGAUAACGAACAUAGAUGUACCAAUGGGCAAUGUAUUCCAUAUACAUUCUUUCUUGAUGAAGAGGCAAUGCCUGAUUGCCUUGAUGGAACCGAUGAAAUUAGAUAUUUGUAUAGUGAACUUUAUCGGUGUAGUGACAAAGAGCCAACAUUUGCUUGCGAAGAUGUUACGUGUACCAUCUGUGAUGGUUUCACUGAACUUUUACCUGUGAAUAUCGAUGGUCUGAAUGAAACAGAUGAAACAGAAUGUGAACAAUGGUUAUGUAAUAAUACUUACACACAUUGUGAUGGUAUCUGGAAUUGUCUUGAUGGAGCUGAUGAAGUCGAUUGUGAUCAAUCACUCAUAAUACAAUGUCCCUUACACAAUCACUUGUGUGUUUCGCCUGAAAUAAACCAAUUGAUAUGUCUUCCUCUUCAAAAAGCAAACGAUGCCAAUAUCGACUAUGUUGGUGCGAGUGAUGAACCAAAAUUAUGCCGAUCAUAUGAUUUUUCACAUUCUAGCAUUUCUUUUCAUUGUAAAAACGAUGCUUAUCUACUUUGCUUAUGGUUUGGUAGAUUGUGUGACGCAACAAACGACUGUCAACAUGAAGAUGAUGAACAGUUUUGUAACAUUACAUAUUCCGAAGGUUUUGACAGAAUAUGCACCAUUGAGUUCGCAUCGGCACGUUCCGAUUUGGAAGAAUUUGCUUGCAAACGCUUCAAUGCAAGAAAAAAGCAAAUAAUAAUGGAUUUUUCACUUGACAGACUUCCUAACUCAAUCAGUCAUGAUAGUAAACAAGAUGCCACAAUAUCUUUAUCAAAUUCGUUAACAAAUCCACGAAUUCAUCAUCUUGAUAAUUAUUGUCAUCGUGGUCUUAUUCUUCGAGUAUUCUUAGAUCGUAAAAAGAACUUAACUACUAUGACUUGUCUCUGUCCACCUAGCUUCUAUGGAGAUAAAUGUCAAUACCAAAAUCAACGAGUGAGUCUUACUAUGCGACUGCAAGCUUUGUCUGAUGCUUGGAAAAUACCUUUUGCCAUACUGGUAUCACUUAUUGACGACAGUGACGAGCGAAUCAUUCAUUCUUAUCAACAAUUCACUUAUCUACCUAUGCGGGACUGUCAAAUAAAAUUUAAUGCCUAUCUG